AUGUAAUUGCUGCUUGUGGUGAAAUGGACACACUGUGCGAGUAGAGUCGUGCCGUCUUGGCUGAGAGGAGUGAACAGAGGACGCAAGAAAUCUGAAUGAAGCGCUGCUUUGCUGCUUCUAGACAAACCGAUCUGAAAUCACAAGGAACAACAUGAGAAGCGAGAGCUUGCUUGAAUGGUCAUGCAAGCUGAUUUUUUCCCCCCUUUUUUUCCCCCUGAGACAUUUCCGAGCGGACAGAAGUGGGAGGACACUAACAAAUGUUAAUGCUGAAAUAUGAGAGAACGGAACCGGGGCGGGUGAAGGCACAUGGGAGAGGACUGGUGGUGUAGCUGCUGUAAGAGGAAGAUCCCUCCAAAAACAAAAAAAAAAAAAAAAUGCUUGGAUCCAGAUUUGUUUAAGAGAGAUGAUCACAACAAUUCUGCGCACCUAUCAUUCAAAUCAGCCAGGAUGGAUCGGUAGACGGAGAGGAAUCUGUUCAAGAGUUCCCGUGUUUAUUCGGAUAUAAAGCGGCCAACUUUCACCCAGGAGAGAGACGAUAUAUAUAGAAGUUAGCUUGUGAUCAACAUAAAACAAAAAAAAAAAAAAAAAAAAGUGAAGAAGAAAAAAUGCAGCGGAUGUUUUGGAGAGCUUGGAGUCUUUGGUGGACCUUGUUUAUCUGCAGCGUGUGCAGAAGCUGUGCGCUUGAACGACAAGGAUACCUGGUUGCUGCCCCCUCAGUGUUUCGAGCUGGUGUAGAGGAGAGCGUGAGCGUCACUAUCUUCAAUGCAAAAGCAGAAACACGCGUCCAGGUGCAGCUGUCUGUGAAAGGACAAGCAGUCGCCCACAAUCACAGCACAGUUUAUGAUAAAGGCACCAUCAAAUUGAAGGUUCCUUCUGGGCUGAGAGGGCAGGCUCUGUUGAAGGUCUGGGGAAACCGUCAGCUCACAGAGAGAGGCUACAUUUUCCACAAUUACACCACCAUCACCGUGGAGAGCAAGGGCUCAGCCGUCUUCAUCCAAACUGACAAACCCAUCUACAAACCCAAACAUAAAGUGCUUAUUAAAGUCUACACAGUGGCACCUGAUAUGAGGCCCAUAAAUGAAAAGAUGGAAGCAUAUAUUUUGGAUCCAAGAGGAUCUCGGAUGAUCCAGUGGAAGAGCCUAAAAUCUGUCUGCUGCGGGAUUGUGAACAUGAGUUUCCCUUUGUCUGACCAGCCUGUGUUUGGAGAGUGGUUCAUCUUUGUGGAAGUGCAGGGUCAAACCUACAACAAGUCAUUUGAAGUGCAGAAAUAUGUGAUGCCCAAAUUUGAGCUGGUUAUAGUUCCACCGCCUUACAUCCGUGAUCUCAGCUUGUGUGAGCAAGCCAGUGUCACAGCCAGAUACACCUUUGGAAAACCAGUAACAGGAAAGUUGACAGUGAAUAUGACUGUAAAUGGAGUUGGAUAUUACCGCCAUGAGACGGGCCAACCUGUAAUUAAAACUAUGGAGAUUAAAGGCUCUGCAAAUUUCAGUUUGUGUGUGAAAGACAUGAUGCCACUGGAUGUGGCUGAUCACUUCAGGGGAACAGUUAGCAUUUGGGCAUCAGUGACCAGCAUUGAUGGAACCAGGCAAACCACAUUUGAUGAUUCAACAGCAGUUCAUAAACAACUCAUUGACAUCAAGUAUUCUAAGGAGACACGCAAACAGUUUAAGCCAGGUCUGCCUUACAAAGGGAAGAUUGAGGUUACCUAUCCUGAUGGGAGCCCAGCUGAUGGCGUAAGGGUGCGUGUUAAAGCAGAGCUUACACCAAAGGACAAUAUUUACACCAGCGAACUAAUCUCCAAGGACGGUGAAGCCACCUUUGAAAUCCCCUCUAUUCCAGUAGCUGCACAAUAUGUCUGGCUUGAGACUAAAGUGACAUCCAUUGACGGCAAGACAGUGGGAGACCAGUACUUACCUAAUUAUCUGUCCAUUAGCAGUUGGUAUUCUCCAAGUAGGUGUCACAUCCAGAUCCAGAGUCCCAGCGCUCCCCUUAAAGUUGGCCAAGAGGCUGAAGUGGCUCUAAAAUCUACCUGUCCCUGUAACUUCACGCUGCACUACGAGGUGGCGUCCAGGGGAAACAUCGUCCUGUCAGGCAAAGAGCCAGCCAACACGACGAUCUCACACAGAGGAAAAAGGGCAACCGUGACCUUUGAUAAGAACAUCCACACCACCCAGCUCCCUUCCUCUGCCUCUGGUGUUGCAGGAUCUUUGUCCCAGGCUGAGAUGGACUCUUGUGUGUCUUAUCUUCGUUUCCCUGUUAGUCACAUCAUGGCGCCUUUCAGCCGUCUAUUGGUGUACUACGUCAGAGAAAAUGGCGAGGGCGUAACAGACAGUCUACAGAUUUCUGUUCAGCCUGAACUUGAGAACAAGGUGUCUGUUUCCUUUUCCUCCAAUGAGUCCAUGCCAGGAGACUCAGUGAUGCUGCAUGUCCGGGGUGAAAAGGGUUCAUGUGUUUGUGUGACCACUGUGGACAAGAGUCUUUAUUUGUUAAAGCCUGAUUUCCAGCUUAGUACCAACAAGGUGUUUAAAGAGAUGGCUGAUUUCGAUGUGUCAGACAUUUUUGGUGUUCCAAAAGAUGACGGACACAUGUGGUGGCCUGGACUGUCCUCAAAGAGACGGAGGCGAUCAUCUGUGUUUCCAUGGCACUGGGACAUCACUAAAGAUGCACGCUUUGCUUUCACAGAAACAGGGUUGGUGGUGAUGACAGAUAUGGUGAGCUUAAACCAUCGGCAGAGCGGAGGGAUGUACACUGAUGAGGCUGUUCCUGCCUUUCAGCCACACACAUCAAUUGGAGUGACUGCCAUUCACACAAGGCCCACAACCAGGACUGAGAAGCAGAGACGCACAUUUUUCCCUGAAACUUGGUUGUGGCACUGCAUCAACAUCAGCUCUGAAACUGGGGAGACUCUCCUCCAGUUGGAUGUCCCAGAUUCGAUCACCACAUGGGUCACAGAAGCUGUUGGACUCUCUGAGGAGAAGGGACUGGGUUUGGCAGAGAGGACAGAGCUUCGGACUUUCAAGCCCUUCUUUGUUGACUUCACGCUGCCUUACAGUUUAAUCAGAGGGGAGCAGACCAAAGUCCCUCUUACAGUCUACAACUACCUUCCUACUUGUUCAGAGGUACAUGUAAAAGUAUCUAUUCCAAAAGGUAUCAAGUUUAUUGGCCAUCCUGGAAAGCAUCAUCUUACCAGAAAGAAAUGCGUUGCACCUGGUGAGACUAUUCCUACGUCCAUUGUGUUGUCAUUCACUGAACUGGGAUCUGCAAACAUCACAGCUCGAGCUAUUGCCUACAGUUCAACAAGUUGCUGUUCAGAUGGAAUACUGUCAGGCAAGAGUGGUAAUUAUGCAGAUGAAAGGAGGAUCCCCACUGGCAUCGAUUACGUUCGCAGGACUGUCCUUGUCGAGCCAGAGGGGCUAUCAAGAGACUAUACCUACAGUGUUUUCUUCUGUCCCAAUGAGAGAAUCCACAUUUCCACUCCUAAUAAAUAUGAGUAUCAGUAUGUCAAAAAGCCGACCAAGAUGACGCAGUUUGAGGUGGCUGUGAAGACCCACAAUGAUGCCCACAUUGCCCUCUCUGCUAGUCCUCACGACAGUGCAGAGAUGCUUGAGAUUGUACUCGGAGGGAGGCAAAAUACUCGCUCCUGGAUUUCCUUGGGCAAAAUGGGUGAGCCCCUGGUCAGUGUGUCCACACCAGGGAUACUGUCCUGGGAUGAGUUCCGCAGUUUUUGGAUCAGCUGGCAAGGAGGCAUGGUACAGGUGGGCCAUGGUUUGCAUCCAUCCAAUGAAUCUAUCGUCCUGCAGUGGGCAGGCCAGUUUCCAGGACAGGUGCAACACAUUGGGUUCUCAACUGGGUGGGGCUCUGUAGGAGAGUUUAAAAUUUGGAGGAAGGAAGACUCUGAUGAUGACCACAAUGAGGCCUUCACUCUUGGGGUACCGCACAACAUGGUGCCUGGAUCGGAAAGAGCUACUGCAUUUAUGAUUGGAGAUGUAAUGGGACCAACUCUAAACAACUUGGAUAAACUGCUGAGGCUGCCCUUUGGCUGUGGAGAGCAGAACAUGAUUCACUUUGCGCCCAAUGUUUUUGUUCUGAAGUACCUUCAGAAGACCGGGCAGCUGAGUCCUGAGGUUGAAAACGAAGCCACAGACUAUCUGCUUCAAGGUUACCAGAGACAGCUGACCUAUAAACGGCAGGAUGGCUCGUACAGUGCGUUUGGUGAAAGGGAUUCCUCCGGCAGUAUGUGGCUGACAGCGUUUGUUCUGAAGUCCUUUGCUCAGUCUCGGGGAUUUAUCUUCAUUGACCCUGAAGAGCUCCAGGCAGCCAAGUCCUGGCUUAUCAAACAUCAGCGAGAAGAUGGUUCCUUUCCUGCUAUGGGACGCAUCCUCAAUAAAGACCUGCAGGGAGGGAUCUAUGGCAAGAUAUCUCUAACUGCUUAUGUGGUAGCAGCUCUGUUGGAGACGGGGAUAACAAGAGAGGAAGAGAAGGUGGCAGUGGCUAAAGCCAAGGACUUCUUGGAAAGCAACACGUAUUCUGCUGAUGAUCCUUACACCACAGCUCUGUCUGCAUACGCCCUGUCUUUGCUCCGCAGCCCUUAUGCUCCGUUGGCUUUGCGUCGCCUCAACCACAUGGCCAUCACUCAAGAUGGGCUCACCCACUGGAGUCUGACUGGCAGCACAGUGACAGACGAAGAUACUUUCAUGGGCUUCAGUGAUGGUCUCUCUCAGUCAGUUGUGUCAGCAGAGGUGGAGAUGACAGCCUAUGGUCUUCUGACCUACACCGUCCUGGGUGAUGUUGCUUCCGCCCUGCCUGUUGUCAAAUGGCUCUCCCAGCAAAGGAAUGCCUUGGGUGGUUUCUCCUCCACACAGGACACGUGUGUGGCUCUGCAUGCCUUGUCGGAGUAUGCCAUCCUUUCUUACAUAGGAGGGGUCAACCUCACCAUCUCUCUAGCCUCCACCAACCUUGACUUCCAGGAGGCCUUUGAGCUUAACCGGGACAACAAAAAACUCCUUCAAAGGGCCAAGGAUCUGUGCUUCACUGACGUGUUUACUCACACAUUAAACAAACUUGACAGUGAUGGGUUUAUCUCCCCUGACUACAUCGCCUUUCAGAUACCCAGUAUCCCCACAGGCCUUUUUGUCAGCGCCAAAGGUGAAGGCUGCUGUCUCAUGCAGAUCGACGUGUCUUAUAACGUGCCUGACCCCGUAGCAAAGCCAGCUUUCCAACUCAAUGUGGAUCUGAAAGAACCUUUACAGGAGCGACCCCUACAGCCCUCCUCCUCAUCUUCUGCUCCCAAGCACUCUGCAUCACGUUCCCGAAGCCGAGCUGACAACCGCUCUGAGCUCAGCUGGAAGCGUCGGGCUCCCAUUGACGAUGACGACCCAGCGGCCCACCAGGACAAACUGAGCUUCCACAUAUCUUUAGAAGUUUGCGCUAGGUGGCUCCAUUCAGGCUCAUCCAACAUGGCAGUCAUAGAAGUUCCCAUGAUUUCUGGUUUCAGAGCUGAUGUCGAAAGCCUGGAAAGACUGAUGAUGGAUAAAAGAGUGGGGUUGAAGAGGUAUGAGCUGAAUGGCAGAAAAGUCUUGUUCUACUUUGAUGAGAUUCCCAGUCAAUGUAUGACAUGUGUGGCCUUCCAAGCUAUCAGGGAAUACAUUGUGGGCAAGACAGCACCUGUUCCGGUCAAGAUUUAUGAUUACUAUGAACCAGCUUUUGAGGCCACCAGGUUCUACAACGUCAGCGAGAGCAGCCCACUUGCUCGGGAGCUUUGUGAUGGGCCCACCUGCAAUGAGGUCGAGAGUUCAACAAAUCAGUGGAUCGGUUUUGUGCAGGGAAACCAGUGCAACAAUGUAUUAGGCUGCCUGGAGCAGGAGCAGAUUGAGCGCUGCACAUGUUCCAGGGACUGUGGCUACGACGGGGAGCCUGUUUGUGGGUCGGAUGGGCAGCUCUACCAGAACCUGUGUCAGAUGGAGGUGUCUUCUUGUCGAAAUGGGACUCGCAUCAAACAGGUCCCCGUGUCCCAGUGUUCACCCAAAAUCCUCGUCACAUUCCUUUCCGACGCACAGCCCAACAACAAAGGAGCCUUCAUGUUGCGGAGCAGAUUGGGGAAAAGGCAUAGACAAAACUUUGGUAAGACCAUUGAAAACAACCAGCCAGUGCUGAACCAAGAAACUGAGCAACCUUCAGUGCCUGUGCACACAGGUGAAGAGGAACAAGGCUCCAUGCCAGAGGUGUCCUACUACUCCUACGAAUAUGACUCUGAUCCUUUCCUUGCUGACGGAGAGGAAGGGGACCAUUUUGACAUACCAGGAGGUGGGGGAGGUGUGCAGCAUAAAGUGCCCCUACAAGCAAACACCCAGCUACCCACAAUGGAUACAAAGAGCACCCCUGAGCGAUGAAAUACGCAGACCGAAGCCGUAUGCCCACCUUAAAAUUGUACCAUAUUUGUGAAUAUGCUUGUGAAUGGAAAGAAAAUGGAGACUAUGCAAGACUGGCUUGGACAGAAAGUUGGUGUGAUCUGGGAACUGAGUUUAUGUUGUUAUUUGAAUGGAGUCAGAGCGGAUGCUUUUAUCGUGUAUGUCUGUUUUCGUAUGUGGUAGGAUGUGACUGAGAAUGAUUUAAAACUAGAAUCCUCCAGACCUUUUUACUCAUCAGUAGUCAGAGUAGAAUCUUUAUCCAGUGUGCUGCGUUUAUAAUCACUAGUUUGUAAUUACACUCAAUGUUAAGCAAUAUGUUUUAUUAUAUUUUCUAUCUCUGGUAUUUAUUUGUAGUUAGAACUCCUUAUUUCUAUUUUAAAGUCAUUACCUGCCCAUACAGACUACUUCCCCCGCCCCCCACUGUGGUUCUUGAUGUGCUUAUUUAAACACAUUUUUUUGGCUUUAACACCGAAUAACUGAAAGGUCUGAUUAAAAAUAUUGUGCUGGUAUGCUGCUGGAGAAACACAUAUGCUAACCAUAUGCUUUACAGAAACAUAAGCUGAUGUUUUUUAUCAUUGUAAGAUGCCAUCUUCUUCAUUUUUUUAUUUGUUGCACAGCUUUGAAGAGACAGGACACAUAAACUUGGAAAGCGAGACAGUAUACUGUAGGUCUUGUCAAACUACAAACUUUGAGGUUAGUGGAACUUUUAAACGUCGCUGCAUAAGGACUCUGCAUUUGUCUCUGAAACUACUCAACCACCAUCUCUCACCAUUCACCUUACAUGCCAGGAAAGCUGAUUGUACAGAUCAUAAGCUAUUUUGUUGUUGUUCAACUAAAGGAUGUUGAGGAAAUUGAUUGAUGUAAAUGUACCAAAUUUGACCAAAUGUAAUCCUAAUUCAUAUCAAAUACUGUUUUUGAAACAAAAGAGAAUAAAAUUUAUACACAAACCAGG